AGCUGUUGUGGUUAACAUCACAUGUGUGUCACCCAGUGAGCGAGUUGAGGCAUCUGUUUUGAGACACCUGAGCUUCACUGCGCCCAUGUCGGUCGCUGAGUUUUGCAAUCAACAGUGAAACGGGACGAAUGCCAAACAUACUUCUCUUGGAUAUAUCCCAGCACAUCAACAAUGACUCUUUCGACCUACCAAAUCAUACGGUCAGUGUUCUGCUGCUGUUGCUCUAUGAGGCAGGUGGAAACCCGAGUGAGUGUGGAGGAAGAGCUGAUCAGGGACCCUCAGUAUUACAGACAGGCAUCAUGUCAAUCACACAGGUCAAGACGAAAGCCCCCCCCACCGCCUCCAGAGGAGGAGGAAGAUCAAUUGCGAGUUAUUGCAAUGUACGACUUUUUAGCUAAAGAGCCUACUGACUUAACACUACAAAGAGGCCAAGAAUACAUCAUUCUACAUAAACAAGAUCAACACUGGUGGACAGCAAGAGACGUUAAAUAUGGGCAUGAAGGGUACAUCCCAAGCAAUUAUGUAACAGAGAAAAAUAAUAUGGAGGCACAUGAGUGGUACUGUAAAAACUUAACAAGAACUAAAGCAGAGCAACUUCUUCGACAAGAGGCAAAGGAAGGUGCAUUCAUUGUGAGAGACUCAAGCCAACACAUGUGCUAUACAGUCUCAGUGUAUACUAAAGCUUUGAGUGGAAUGGACCACGGUGAAAUCAGACAUUAUCAAAUCAAGCAGAAGGGCUUGGGCCAGUUCUUUUUGGCUGAAAAACAUGUUUUCAACUCAAUUCCAGACGUCAUCCACUAUCAUCAGCACAAUGCAGCAGGGCUUGUCACUAGGCUACGGUAUCCUGUUGGGCCUAUGGGAAAAUGUGUUCCUGCAACUGCCGGAUUCAGUUAUGAAAAAUGGGAGAUAAACCUAUCAGAGCUGUCCUUUAUGAAGGAGCUGGGCAGUGGACAUUUUGGGGUGGUACGGUUAGGGAAGUGGAGAGCACUUUGUAAAGUGGCAAUCAAGACCAUUAAUGAAGGCGCCAUGUCUGAAGAGGAUUUCAUUGAAGAAGCCAAAGUCAUGACUAAGCUGUCCCAUCCGAAGCUAGUACAGCUGUAUGGAGUGUGCAUGCAGCAGAAACCGUUAUGCAUAGUCACGGAAUUCUUGGAAAAUGGCUGCCUACUCAAUUAUCUUCGACAGAGGCAAGGCUGCUUGAAGAAGGAGUUGAUGCUAGCUAUGUGUCAAGACGCAUGUGAAGGGAUGGAGUACCUGGAGAUCAAUGGGUUCAUCCACAGAGACUUGGCAGCAAGAAAUUGCUUAGUCAGUGAGAAGCAAGUGGUGAAGGUGUGUGAUUUCGGCAUGACGAGGUACGUCCUUGACAACCAAUACAUUAGCUCUGCAGGCUCUAAGUUCCCAGUAAAAUGGUCUCCGCCCGAAGUCUUCCAUUACAACAAAUACAGCAGCAAAUCAGAUGUGUGGUCAUUUGGGGUAUUAAUGUGGGAAAUCUUCACAGAAGGCAGAACCCCAUUUGAGAAUAAAUCCAACCCAGAGGUUGUGGAUGAAAUCACUCAAGGACACAGGCUCUAUCGACCACACAUAGCCUGCCAGAAGAUAUAUGAAGUCAUGUACAGCUGCUGGCAUGAGAAGCCAGAAAGUCGUCCUUCGUUUGCUGAUCUACUGGAGGAAAUCAAAAUAAUCGCUGAGAAUGAUUAGUUGAAGAAGAAUCUACAUGUAUUCAACACAGCAAGCAUUAAUGUGAACCAUUAAUUUUCAGAGCAGCAUUGUUGUUUCUAAUAGUGAAGAGGUUGCUGUAAAGUAUAACCUAUGUAGUGUAAUAACACAUGUACUGUAGGUAAAUUGACUUGUAAAAUCAACUUCCCUCAGGAAUACACUUUACUUGGUGCCUUUUAAAAUUAUGGGCGUCUUUUCAUGUAACACAAACUAUUACAGCCAUGUGCAAAUAUGUAAUACUAACAUUGUAAAAAAAAAAAAAAAAAAAAAAAAAUGGGGGGCUGUUCACUGACAUCAUUAAAACUGGAACUUCUCUGACUUUUAAAAAAAAAAUUAUAGACAGAACUACUCCCAUGCCCUGUCAAAUAUUUGGUCAACAUAACCUUGGUACACAAGAGCCCUGUAAUAAGUAUUCAACUCGUGGCAGUGUUACGACCAGCAAGAGUUUAGAUGUUAUUUGUUACUUUUAAAAAGCUGCUAUAUGUCUAACAGUUUAAUGUAAUCCUAGGGCUCAUAUUGAAAUCACCCUUGUGUCUGGUGAAUCUGGCUGUGUUUAUGUGUAUUGUAUAUAUAUAUACAAAUAAUCCAUAUGCUUAGAGGAUUGUUGAUGUCGCAAAACUUAACUAAAAAAGAGAACUUUUUCACAAAUAGCUACAAUAGGGCCACUAAAGCCUCUACAUGUAUAUCGAUGAUAUCUUCUGACUGCUCAUUUCACUCAUUUUGAUCAAACCCCUUCUUUGAUAAAUUCGUUUUGAAGUACAGCAUGCUCUUCACUGUUUUAGCACGUUUUUUUUUGUUUUUUAAAUUCCCAAUUACCUUUAAAACAUGAACUUGUGUUUCAAAGCAUAUUUAGUGGGAAAGCCCACCAAUCUUAUGCGAUGUUAUAUACUGUGCAAAAUGUGAUUAUAAUCAUAAUGGUCACCUUCCAGGGCAGUCUGGGACAUGUUGCCAUGACAAUGUGAUGAAGGUGCACAGUAGCUCUUGUAUGGGUAAAAAUAUCUCAAACAACUGCAGUUUUCUGUAACUGUAUAUAUUUUUUAGCAAUGACUUAAUUACAAAAUAUGAAAGAAAAUAGAUUAUUGUAUUUUUGUUCCUUUUGAAGCACAAUAUGCUCAGUAAACUGUGGUUGCCAGCUAAAAAUAAAAACAUGAAUAAGGAUCGGCUUUGUAUUGAAGUGGCAUUAUGGUCAGUUAGAGCUAGUUGCCUACUUCGUCCUGCAUAACCUGUAAAUAUGUGUAUAUGCAUAGAACUGUAAUAAGAACAAAAUACAAUAUCCUUUGUAAGUAAACAAAACCAUGUUUAUAUUCCACCACAAUCUAUGUUAAUACAUCUCCUCUUUCUGGAAACAAUUUCUGUGCAAUAACUCACUAUUUAUGUUAGUUUAUCAUAAAACAUGUAUUGUUAAUUGUAAUCAAUAUCGCUAUACCACAAAGCUGGUCUUUGAGGUGUUAAAAAAAACACAUUUCAAUAAAAAAAGGUUGU